AUGGCCAAAAUCGACUGGCACAUCCUUCCUGUGCUCUGUGUGCUCUAUCUACUCGCCUUCCUGGAUCGUGUCAACAUUAGCAAUGCGGUCAUCUUCAAGCUGCGCGAGGACCUCAACAUCACCACUGGCACACAGUACAAUACCGCUUUGACCAUAUUUUUCGUGCCAUAUGUGCUUUUUGAGAUCCCGUCAAACAUCCUUCUUAAAAAGCUUCGCCCGCAUCUAUGGUUAUCCGUCUGCAUGUUCCUCUUUGGCUUGACGACCCUAUGCCAAGGCCUCGUCCAGAAUUAUGCUGGUCUGCUAGCUACCCGUUUUUUCUUGGGUCUCUUCGAAACUGGCAUGUUUCCGGGAUGUUUCUAUCUUAUGGGAAUGUGGUAUAAGCGAACUGAAGCCCAGAAACGCUUCUCCUUUUUCUUCAGCUCCACUACCUUGGCAGGCGCAUUUGGAGGUCUUCUGGCUAGCGCCAUUGGCAAAAUGGAUGGACUUUCCGGUUACAAUGGCUGGCGAUGGAUUUUCAUCCUUGAAGGCCUCCUGACUUGCGUCGUUGCAUUCGCAUGGUACUUCUUAAUCCCUGAUUUCCCAGAGGAUGUCAAAUGGAUGACCGAAGAGGAACGGGCGUUUAUCAAAGCUAAGCUGGCGAAAGAUGUCGGGGAUGCUGGUCGGGAUGUCUCUAUAAGUUGGAAAGAUGUGAUUGAUGUGGUGAAGGAUUACAAGGUCUUGCUUGGAGGAUUGAUGUAUUUUGGCAUGAUUGUUCCCGCAUACGGCUAUGCUUACUUCGCGCCCACAAUCAUCAAGACUUAUGGAUACAGCCCAAUCAAAACGCAGCUCUACUCCAUCCCCCCAUGGGCUGUCGCAUUCGUUUUCGCCAUGCUCAUUGCCUACCUCUCCGACCGUGUUAAACACCGCUUCCUGUUCGCGAUGUUCCCCAUCUGCCUCGCCAUGGCCGGCUUCGGCAUCGUUCGAAACGUCCACGGCUUGGCAACCAGACACACGCAGUACGCUGCGCUCUUCCUGAUCACAAUGGGUGCCUACAGCGCCAUGCCGAUUAUCAUCUGCUGGUACGCGAUGAAUCUGAGCGGGCAUAAGCGCCGCAGCAUCGGAACAGGGUGGCAGAUCGGCUUCGGUAAUAUCGGCGGUAUCGUUGCAACGUAUUCGUUCCUCGAAAAGGAUAAGCCAAACUACAUUCCCGGCCACACGAUCUGUAUAUCCUUCCUCGCGCUUGCCGCAGCCGCGUGCAUCGUCUACCUCGGCCUCCUUUUGUAUCGCAACAAAAGCCGGGACAAAGCCGCUGGCACCGGCCCCAUUGACCUUACUCCUGAGCAGGAGCAAGAAAAUGAAUUGCUUGGAGAUUUGAAUCCCACCUAUCGAUACCAGUUGUAA